CUCGCGCUCGAACAAAGACCUUCUCAAGUUCAAUGGCUUCGAGAUAGAUCGCUUUGUCUUCCGUUUCCUCUUUCCCGUCACAAUGCCACACAUAGUUCUCUUAGGAACACUGGACACCAAACUUCCGGAGAUACUCUAUCUCCACUCCCGGCUGCUAUCGCUCGCCCAACCUGAGACAACCAUCACCUUGAUCGAUUGCGGUCGUACUUCUGUUGAGCAUACAGCCAUCACUAUUUCACAGAAUGAGCUUGUCACAAGAUUCGGCCCAAAGGACGGCAGGAAUAUUUUGAAGGACCUUCCGCGCGGCGAAGCUAUCAAGUUCAUGAUUAGCUGCACAACUCUAUGCAUCGAGGAGCUACAUAAGGAAAAGCCAAUCCAUGGUAUCAUCAGUGCGGGAGGAAGCGGAGGUACCAGUUUGGCUUCGGCUGUUAUGCGGACUCUGCCGAUCGGACUACCCAAACUCAUCGCCAGUACAGUCGCUUCAGGAGAUACAGGACCUCUCGUCGGCGAGACCGACAUGACCCUGAUGUACUCUGUUGUGGACAUUGCAGGCACUAACGAGCUCCUGAAAACUAUCCUCAACAACUCGGCGGCGGCCAUGGCCGGCAUGUCCGCAGCGUACGAACAACAGCUACUACAGCAAUUCGAGACGACCAAGGAUCGCCAGAAACUGCGAGUCGGAAUCACCAUGUUUGGUGUCACGACUCCGUGCGUCGACAAGAUUCGCGAACAUCUCGAAUCAAAUCAUCCGGUCGAAACAUAUGUCUUUCACGCCACAGGACAUGGAGGCAAGGCAAUGGAGCGCUUGAUAGCUGAAGGUCGCCUUGAUGCCGUGCUCGACGUGACUACGACAGAAAUUUGUGAUCUUCUCAUGGGCGGAAACAUGAGUGCUGGACCUGACCGCCUCGAAGCAGCCUUGAAGGCGGGCAUUCCAACCAUCAUCUCUCUCGGGGCUACCGACAUGGUCAACUUUGGGCCCAAGGCAACAGUCCCGGAGAAGUAUCAACAACGGAAGCUCUUCGAACAUAAUCCCACUGUGACCUUGAUGCGGACGACGAAGGACGAGUGUAAGGCUAUUGGCGACUUCAUCGUAGACAAAGUCAAACGCUUUGCCGCUGACCCCAGCAUGGUUCAAAUCACUUUACCAAAGGGUGGUGUCAGUAUGAUCGCCACACCAGGAGCGGCAUUCGAGAAUCGAGAUGCUGAUGAUGCACUAAUUGAGACCUUGACAUCUGGGCUCCAAGAUACAGGCAUCAAGAUCGUGCUUGAUGAGAGAGAUAUCAAUGACGAAGGAUUUGCUGUGGAUAUCGCCAACGACUUGAUGCGUCUUACUCACUUGAGAUAAUCACAUACAAUUCCUCUAAAGUACAGUGUAGAUCUCUCACCUCUCUUCAUGUCAGCACAAACUCUCUUGGGGGCGAAAAAAACAUGCUUUGAGGUCAGUGAAGGAGCUCGAAACCCUCAAGCUACUACAAAAGUCUUCUAUCGCUGAGAUAGCCUUUCCUUCUUCCAUCAGUUAAUGCAAAGGUUGGCAAGGAAGUUGGCGGAGCCACUCGCAUCAGGAGCGCU